CUUUCCCCUUCCCCUUCCCCUUCCCCUUCCUGGUUUCGCUGAUAUCCGUACACGCACCAGCGUAUGCCCUCAAAGCCAUGACCUUUCAUAAAACCAUCAACAACUUAGGUCGUGUCGAUCAAUACCGCCGUUGCUCCAGCCCUCGGACCUCUGAUAUUCUCUACUUUUGCUUUGAAGACAUGACUUGGACCGACGAGAGCGUGAAAAGCGUCAUCAAAGCAUUCGAACACCAAUUCAAGGACACGGCUCUUGAAGCAUUCCGUGCUUUGGAGCCGACCUAUGCUGACGUCCAGCGGCGACUCGUUAUCGAAGCUCUGUUCAGCGACGAAAAAGAGCGUCGUCAGAUUCUGCAUAAGCAAAACGAUGGCAGCUACGGUGACCCCGUGCCAGGAUGGAUUACAUUCACCAAAACGGACAGCGACAAAGGCAGCAGCACGGCUACUUUUGUUUGCAGUGAAGGAGAUGAUGCUUCCAGCAGACCAAUCAUGCGAGCCCAGGUACUCCCAGCUCUUCCACAGGACACUCAGUACACGCGUUAUGUGUUUCGUUCUCUUCCACUGGAUACGCCGUGCCAUGCGCGCAGCGUCAUCAGACAAGCCAUCAUCGAACGCCAGAAAGCUACUGUUCACAGCGAAACGAAUGUUAAUCUCAUCACAUUUUCACAAAGUGUCAAAGAGACCUCCAUGCUUAUCGAUGCAGAUGAAAAAAACGUCGAUAAGUGCAUCAUGGAUAUCACAGCGAGCCAAGGCAGUGGUUGUGGCAGAUACUACUAUACAGGAAACGUGUGCAUCGUCUUGAAGAAUCCGGUGACCCUCUAUGACGCACGCAAGUGUCAGUCCUUCCUGGUUAUGUACGGUAACAGAACGUUUUAUGCCUCGAAUUAUUCGGCUCACUACCUCUAUUGUCAGCGCUGCCACUUUAUCGAUAUGCACUGCACAGACGACUGUCCCGUAUAAACAGAACAAAAAUUCAACCGCCUUUUACAUACUUAUGAAAUACUGCUAAUAAAAAGACAAAGUUGUGUGUACGUAUUACUGUAUGGAAAUCGUUUUUUUACCCUCCCAUGUACAUUCUGCCUGUACCGCUGCUUGAUGCUGAGUACUGUAAAUGGC